GCAAUGAUAGAUACACAACAAUACAUCUAUAACCACCAUACUUCCACAGCACGAUGGCCUUCUCUCGCUUCGGCGCAUCCAAGUACAGGAACGCCGUACCAAGCAUACCCCAUCGCGAGGAGUGGUACCGCUCCGCUCUUCCGCCGGCUUCUGCAACUUCCACCACCUCCAGUGCGGCCAGCACAUUCUCUUCCGAGAUAAAGACAAAUCGAGAAUGGAUAGUUACGGCCACGCAAGCUGGUGAUCUGUCUUAUAGGCCUUACCAUGGGGAUUCCACCUCCUUGAAAGUCGGAAGCGGAGGCGGUGUGGGUGACUGGGAUCUAAGCAGACUUGAAGAUGGAUUGCUUGUGGUUGGUGGUUUAGAUGGUGCAGUAUCCGCAUACCAGUUGCCAUCAGCUUCAGCUACGAGAGACUUGUCACAUGUCUCUACUAUACCUCAAUCGUCUUCUCCUGUCACUAACCUUAUUCUUCAUCCCACAACGCCUAAUAUUCUUCUAGUCUCCACUAUAGCCGCACCAGCAUCUAUCUAUGACCUCUCCACUACCCAAUCACCUUCUAUCAUCUUGGAUGCAAAGGAACCCAAGGGAAUGUGGUCCAUAGCGUGGAAUAGCGACGGUCGAUUGGUCGCCGGUGUAGGCAAGAGUGGUAUGGCCUAUAUCUGGGACCCUCGGUCUGGUAAAGAGCCCAAAGUCAGCAAACUCUUACCUAUACAACCCUUGAAGCCAGCUCGUAUAAGAUGGAUAGGAGAAGAUAUCUUUCUCACUUCGUUCUCAAAAACUCGAAAUCGCCAGUACUCUCUCUUAUCCGGGUCAUCGCUGUCAACUACUUUUACUCAGAGCUUGGAUACCAAUCCUGGUGUCCUAUUACCACUGGUGGAUGAGGAAAGAAAGAUUAUAUAUGUGGCUGGACGGGGUGACAUGACGCUUCGACAGAUUGAACUGUCUGGUCCGCAAGGAUACCAAGAGACUCUUCAUCCUCUUCAAUUCCCCCUGGCAUCUGCCUCACUGGCAGCUGUCCAUCCUGCAAAGCUUGAUGUGAUGAAAGCAGAGAUUUCAAGGAUACUGGUUCCUAUCAUUGACAAAGAUGGUGAUUCGCUCCUACCUGUUAGCAUCAAGGUGCCUCGAAGGCAGCUGAUCGACUUCCACGAGGAUUUGUAUCCUGAUCUCGCCGGGUUUGUACCCGAGCAAACGGCCUCAGAUUGGCUCAAGGGAGAAGAUAAAUCACCAUUGCCCAUCUCUCUUGAUCCAUCCAGGCGAGGUGCUUGGGAGUCGCAAGUCGAAAAUUUAUUAAAAGAAAAAACAGCUGCCACCCCGUCCAAAAAGCCCACCGACAAACCUGCACAGGCAACAGUUUCUGAAGCUCAAUCAUCAGAACCUGGAAGUGUACCUCUCACUCUCAACGCUUCUGCCGUACCAUCUGGCACAUCAACGCAAGAGUCCAAGCCAAAGCCCUCUACGACCGUGCCAACGCCGAGCCAGAUGUCUUCUCAAAAGGUCCCAUCAGACUCUGAACCAGCACCCAUUACCGAGCCCAAGCCCGAGCCCACUGCCAGGCCCAACCUCCCUUCCCUUCUUGAUGAUGAAGACUAUUCGUCUACGAGUUACAAAGUUCGUAUCAUAGCUGAUUACCUUGCGGAUCAAGUAGCGAAACAUAAAAGAAAGGGUAAUAAGGGGCCUUUGAUGGUCGGACUGCAAGGCCCUCAGGGUUGUGGUAAAACCACUCUGACUACAGCUCUGGUCUCUUAUUUGAAAGAUGGGAAGCAGCUCAAGUCGGCAAUUCUCUCUACUGAUGACUUGUACAAGACCCACGACGCUCUAAAGUCUGUUGCUCAACAACAUCCCGAUAAUGCUCUCCUUGCUGGCCGUGGUCCCCCCGGCACACACGACAUAGCCUUGGCGGUCGAGACGAUCAAAAAGGUAAACAGUAUCAAUGAUUCUGCUGGAUCCACUGUGGACCUUCCCGUCUUUGAUAAGAGUCUAUGCGGGGGCGAAGGUGAUCGAAGUGUGGACAAAGUUGUGAUCAGUGGUCCUCUGGAUGUAUUUAUCCUGGAAGGAUGGUCCAUGGGUUUCGCACCCCUGUCUGAAUCCGAACUCAAGCAGGUCUAUGACCAGCCCAAACCUGCUUCAUCCUCAACAUCCAAAACGUAUUUCCCCGACCACUCUCUGUCUUCACUUCUUACCCUCAACGGUUACCUCGCCGAUUUCGCGUCGUCAAUCUACCCUUCAUUCACAUCUUUCAUCCAAAUUGAACCCGAAUCAUAUGACUAUGUAUUUAACUGGCGGCUCCAGCAAGAGCAUAAUAUGAAGGCCAAGAACGGCGGCAAGGGAAUGAAUGACGAACAGGUUCAAAAGUUUGUGGAAAGGUAUAUGCCUGGGUACGAACUCUGGAAAGAUGGGAUCUGGAGUCGGGGAGCACCUUGGAUUGGGCAGGGUUUGAAACUCAAGUUUGGAGAAAAUAGGGAGCUGCUUGAAAUGGGUGUGCCGCCUUCUCAGGCGCCUGCUACAUCUACAUCUACCCAAGCCAAUAAUUCAUCCACCUCAAGUGCAGAAAUGGCUCCGGAGAAGAUUGUGCAGGCUACUUCUGCAAAGGUACCCAAGCCGGCUACCACGGCAGCUCCUGUGGCAGCAGCCCAGGCACAACCUCAGGCAUCCGCCAAACCCAAUUACACCGCUCCCCAAGCAGCACCUCUUACCGAACGAUUCAACCCUCACUGGUCACGCAAAUUCCUCGCGGCCAAAUCACCACUCAUCCCUACUUAUGACUCCCUCCCGUCCAUCUCUUCGUUACAUCAAGACUCUCAAAUUUUGAAAGUGACAUCUCAUCUGGCAUUCUUCCCUAUUCAGGGGACCGGUGGCAGACUUUGUGUGCACCCUUUGAAGAAGAAGGGGAGGGUGGCAGUAGGGGGAGAAGGAUACUUGACGAAUGGCGUGGAGAUUGUGGAUUUUGAUGCGGAAUUGGGUGAUGGAAAACGGGUAGCAGUUGCGGGUGAAGACGGUGCCGUCAGAGUGUGGAAGAUUGAUGAGGAUGGUGUUCAGGGCGUUGGACCUCAACCUGGACAAGUGCUUCACGGCAAAAACAUCGACAAGUUUACACAAAUUCUUUUCCAUCCCACAGCCAGAGAUCUUCUUGUUGGAGUGACCAACGAUUAUGGACAAGCCCACAUCCGAUUUUGGGAUCUCUCCAAGGGGGAAGAAGUCAAAGUCAUCGAUUUGCCGGCUCCUUCAGUAUACCGAUUAGCCUUUAGCCCGGCAGGUGACAAGGUAGCCGUCGGCACAAAAGAUGGCCGUCUGGUUGUGUUUAAUCCUCGAGACCCAGAAACUGUAUCGUCCGGUAAAGCCCACGACAGUCCCCGAUCUUUCCAAAUCAGCUGGAUCGACGACAACCACAUUGUAUCUGUCGGUUUCUCUCGAGGCUCCCAACGAAGAAUUCUGCUUUACCGCCUCCCGACAUCUGUAGGCGGUGAAAUUACCACUCUAUCAUCAAUCACAAUCGACGUCUCUCCUUCCGUGCUCUUCCCCGUCUAUGAUGCCGAUACUUCUAUCCUCUACGUCUGGGGUAAAGGAGAACGUGUCAUUCAGGCAUACGAGGUCCACCCCGAGGACGAUAGGGAGCCCAUCGCGAAAUUGCCUGGAUUCACGGGUGAUUCUCCCCAGAUUGCUACAGUGUUUAUGCCGAAACGUAUGGUGGAUAUGAAAAAGGUGGAAGUAGCAAAGGCUUUAAGGCUGACUGCAAAGACACUUGAGGAGGUUAGCUUUACUAUUCCAAGGAACAAGCCCGAUUUCUUCCAAGAUGACAUUUACGUGCCCACCAAGAACGUUGAAAUCACUUCUUUGACGGCUUCUGAAUGGCUGGAUGGCAAGGAUGUUGCUCAAGAGAUUAUUGACUUGAAACCUGAAGGCAUGACACUUCUCUCGCUGGCGCCAAAGGCAGAUACUACCGCUAGAAAAAAAUUUGUACCUGCAAAGAAUAUCAUGUCGGAGGAAGAAAAGAAGAAGAAAGAAAUGGACGCUCUCUUCGCGAAAGCCAAGAUGGAUGAGAGCAGUAGCGAUGAAGAGGAGAUAAGGGCAGGACUGGAUCCUCCUGACGAUGACUGGUAGCGGGGGUUACUUGAAUAAUGGAGGUUUUAUAACUGGAAUGUGAUAACUGUACAUGCAAGACAACUGUAUUCGACUUUGGUCAAAGUGACUCGGAAA